AUGAGCAGGAUUUGCGGGGAAGAAGGAGCAGCAAGCAAGCAACAAGACUCAAAUCCAAUGCUUCGCAAUGGAGAGACCGGAGAUUGGAUUGGGACAUUUCAAGGCCACAAAGGUGCUGUUUGGAGCGCUUGUCUUGACACCAAUGCUCUGCGUGCUGCCUCUGGUUCCGCUGACUUUUCAGCAAAAAUAUGGGAUGCGCUGACAGGCGAUAUGCUCCACUCCUUCGAACACAAGCACAUUGUCCGUGCAUGUGCUUUUUCUGGGGAUACCCACAUGUUGCUUACUCGAGGUUUUGAGAAGAUUUUGCGCAUAUAUGAUUUGAACCGUCUGGAUGCAGCUCCAAGUGAAAUUGAGAAAUCACCUGGUUCUGUCAGAACUGUCACUUGGCUUCAUAGUGACCAAACUAUACCAAGUUCCUGCACGGAUAUGGGUGGUGUGAGGUUUGUCUGGAUGUACCAUUAA